CUGUUACAUCCAUGAUAGAUCCAUGUACGUCUUCGUUUUCCUCGUCCAAGCAGGCAGGGGUAUGAGGGGCUAGCAGGCUAUCAUGUAAACAGAGAGCUCUCAGCAACAGUAAGGGAAGGGGGCAGAGUUUCUCCAAGCCAGUGGUCCACAACUCUGAGGGGAAUUUGCUGCUCUGCAGAAACUAUGUCCUAGAAAACAACUUUUAAUUUUGGCUAAAAACGGCAUAAUUGUAAUUAAAAGACCACUUGGAACGCUUUGAAAAUAGAUGAUUGGGUCUUUAAAGAAGGUGUUCACAUCUAGAACUUUGAGGAAGACCAGAACAGCUCAAUGUCCUAGAAUAGAAGUAUGUAUUAGCAUCAUAAUCCGACUAUCAACCUCUUCAAUCUUAUGUUUUUUUUAAAAAACAAGAGAAGCAGUGGAAAUAAGUGAUUUUAUUUAAAUAGGAAGACUUCAGCUUCAACUACUUAGCUUGUAUUUGCUUCAAAUUUGUCCUAGCUUUAUUAAUCCUAGCUUAAAUUAAUUUGACUACAUUUAUUUUCUGAAAUAUCUUAACUAAAUCUGGGCUUCUACAUGCUAUUCUAACUGAACUGUUAUUUUAACUGUAAAAAGAUGCCUAAAAAUUAUUUUGAAGGAAAAAUCUUUUUAAUUUUUUUCACGUUUCACACCUCUCGGGUAAACCGUCAUCCAGAGCUGCUCCAUUUUAUUUUCACCUUUUUUAAUCCUUUCUUUUCGAGUGAUCCGGCUCAUACGUCUUUGUAGCAAAGAACAGUAUCUGCCGGAGAGCAGCUGUAUCUGCUGACAACAGACGCCCAGCCGUUCAGAAAAGGGGCAUUUGCAUUUGCACUGAGGAGCUUGUUUGGAGCCGACACAGCUCUCGCUUUUAUGUCGCUUUGAUCAAAAGACAAGGAGACGUCUGAUGGUUAAACACAGGUGUACCGUGGAUAAAAGAGGCCUCUGUUGAUUGAUGAGUUGUUGUUGUAUUUGUAAGUUUGAUUGAGUUUUUCACUCGAAUCCAACAGAAAAUGGUCAGCUGCUGAGCUUUUGACUCAAUAAUCUUUUGUUUUAGUUUUUUUUUUUCGAUCAAAAAACCCUUCAAAUCUCAAGUGAUCCCUCCAUAACCCCUCAGGGAUUAUGUGUAACAAAAACUGGUAACAGAGGAACAACAGCGGACUGAGAUACAAAGUCGGACAGAAGUACUUCAUGGCGGAGACGGUGGGACUCCUGGGAGAUAUCCAGGACAGAUGUCUCCAUGACAACAAGUGGGAACAAACCUUGCGGCAUUCCUCAGAAAGAAUGCAGACCUCCUUCCUGACAGGACGGGGUUAAAAUUUCAAGAUUUUUGAUGCUUCAAAGUAUGAGUAGACAGGAGGUUGUGGUGGAUGAAGUUUCUCUCACUCUUAUUUUCUUUGUCCGUCUGUAACAGUCUUUUGUAUUCAAAGGCGAACUAUGCUAACAAGGUUGACUUAUAUGACUGAAACAAAGUCAAAUUCUUAUUUUUAACCAUCUGGUCCCAUUUUGUAAUAUCCCUCCUUCCCAUCAUUCACCUCCCCUCAUCAAGGCUAUAAUGGUCGAUGUUGUGUCGCCGCGAACGAUGCCGUCAGAGUCGGAGGUUCACGUGGCGAGGAGCUUUCUCACCAAGAUUUUGCGAAGCUCCAUGAGGAGGAACCGUUUCAGAGGGAAAGAUGAAGCCGUAUCCCGGCCACACUCCUGGCACUCCUCCAAGCUGACAGAGGAGGAUUCUGAACCGGCCCGGUCCGAGGCCAACCCGGCGCCAGUCUGGCAGCCAAAGCAUGAAGCAAGGUCCAAAGAGACGUUCCCUCAGGCAGACCAGGGCCCUCUGCAUCAAGACGGUAGCCCCCCCAGCUCAGUGAACAACAUGGAGAGAGUGGAGCGCCCUGCACACCCAUUCCCUCCGGGUCGUUUGUCCCCACCGAAAUACGGCAGCGCCGAGCCACUCGGUGGCGCCCGACGAGACUCGCCGUUCAGCUGCUUCUCCAGCGGCUCCAGCCCCCCCAUCCAUGACUCCAGCUCGGCGGGACAGAGAGGGACCAGCACAGAGAGCAUCUUCUUCAAGGGGUUUCAGGGCGACGGGGCGCAGCCCGGUGACCGGCACAGACCCCUACGUUCGGCGGGAUGGGACGGGUCACGGGGGGAGGAGCAGCCCGCCUGUAGAGUCUCAUUUGCAGGGAGGCCCAGUGGGGGUCCUGUGUGGCAGGCACCUGAGAAACAGGCGUCCCAGUCCCCCCCACCUCCAGCCCCGCCCCUGCGGAGCGACAGCUUCGCCGUCACAAAGGUGUUUCCGUACUCAGACGGCCCCUCAGGUGCCCCAAAGAGUGGCAGGUCGUUGGAAAAACUGUCUGACAGCAGCCAGCGGCGCCCGAGCAAGCUCUUCUCUCUCUCCAGCAGUGACGUCCGGCAGUCCCACUAUGCUCUGCCCCCCGCCCACCAGAGACAGCACAGCGACGAAAGCCCCUUCUACCUGCAGGCCCGGGCAGCACCGCCCACAAGAAUCCAGAGCGUAGGAAGCUACUACCGCAGCCUACAAGACCUGCCUGCUAACGCCUUCAGCCGCCGGCAGGGCCGCCACUCAGCUGCUGCCACAAACCACAGCCAGGAGAGCGGGGGGGUCAGCAGAUACUACGGUCCUGUAGCCAAACAGACCGCCGAGCUCAAGGCCAGACAGGGCUGUAGCUCCUCCCCCUGGAUGAACAGUAGUGACAGCCUCCUGCCUGCCUCGCUAAAGACGAAGGGGAAGUUCUCUGCACCUCCAACGACCUACGGCGAAAAGAAGGAACACAGCAGCGGCCUGACCCAUGAGUUCUCCCCCCGGGACACAGACGACCCUCUAAAGAGAGGGGAGGUUCCCUCCAGUGACCCAAAAAGACUCAUUCAGAGCAGCAACCAUAAGGUGGCUUCUUCACAGCACCAGGACCCGUGGCUGCCUCAAGAAGACCAGCGGAUCUCCUCCGUGAAAACGCCCCUACUCCACUCCCUAACCCAGGAGAGCUGGAGCUUGACGGCCGCCGCUCCCGCCUCCGUGACAGCGCAGGACGCCGGGAGUGGGAAAGUCAACCGCCGCAGUGACCGUUACGCCACCACGCUCCGCAAGGAGAUCCAACAGAAGCGAGCUCAGCUUCAGAAAAGUCGUAGCGCCGCAACGCUGACCUGCGAACCCGACGACGAGGAGCCAGAGGAGUGGAGGUCCAUGGAACCCUCCGCAUCCUCCGGUGUCUCCUCCUACAAGGACCACCUGAAAGAGGCACAGGCCAGGGUCCUCCAGGCCACGUCCUUUCAGAGGCGGGACCUGGAGCCGCUCGGAGCAGAGGUCCUGAAGGUCUCCAACGGACGCUUCCGAGGCCGAAAGCGCUUCCACCCGGCCAAGAGGACUCACUCCUUCUCAGAGCCCGACAAGAUGGACAAAGUCGGGGUGGAAGGAGAUCCACAGAUGGGUGAGGAUGAAAGGAAGGUCUUCCAGGCCAAGCCCGCCUUUGCCAGGCCAGCACUAAAGUCCACUCACACGGACCAUAACCAGACCACCCAAAUGCAAGAGAAGGCUCGCCCUUCCAAUGACGACAUCCACCUGAGUCCCGGACGAACCCCCGGUUCGUUGGAGCAGCAGAGACUUGGGACCUUCGCAGAGUACCAGGCCACCUGGAACAAGCAGAAGAAGACGGCAGAGGCCAAAACUCCGGGGAAGUUUCACUCGGCGGAGAACAUCUUAGAUCCAGGAGCCGAGGAGACGCCUGUGUGCGUCCAUGAGCGGUCCAGAUCCUCGCCAUCGGCAGACUUCUAUGCUCAGAAGAUUCCAUCUGGAUGGAGAGAUCCAGAAGACCAGCAAAGCACUUCAACCAGCAGGGAGAAGCUGGAGAGCCGGCAGUCGGUGCCUGCGGUCUCCAGAAACCCGGGCCCUGACCACAGGACCAAAGCAGACACUGCCAGCGCCUCCCAAACCGCACCCACCCCCGGUCCUCGGUGCAUCAGCCCCAGCUGCCUCCUGCUGCCUCCUGUGCCCCAUUUAGGCCCAGAAACCACUUCCUCCUCUCAGGAAUUCCCCACUGGCUCCCAGUCGGAUCCAGCGGCGCUCCAGACUCUGCCCCGCUCCGGUUCCGACUUCCAUGCCGACGCCCAGCCGUCCCCCAGCGCUCCCGCCCCAGCCCGCUCCCCUCAUCAGCACGCCGCGGCCGGGCCGGACACAGAAGGAGCAGAAGAGGAGUCGGAGCGGCCGCCCUCCCUUUCCCCUCCUUCGCCGUCCCCUCCAGCUGCCGCUCUGCCUCUCCCCGGACCGGAUCCAGUCCGCUCCCCGUCGCCGCAGUUCACACCGGCCAGGCUGACCGACAAACCGCCGGCCGUGCAGGAUGAGUCACAGCUCAGGUGGGAUAAAGAAUCGAAGUUUGCAGCAGCAAUGGAGGCUAAAAGUCCGGUGAGGAAAGUCCCUGUGAGGAUCAUCCGCAGUGAGAACGGCUCAGAGCGAGAGGGCGGAGCCUAUUUGACGCCCACCAGCGACACCUGCAGUCCCGUUGGAUUGCAGUCCCAUGCUCCGCUUUCGGAAACCGUGGAGAACUCCUCCGCAUCUCCGUUCAGCACCUUCACCCGCCAAUCAACGAGCGACCCGGAACAACCUUCCAGCCAGGAGUGCAGGUCGACCGGCCCCGUGGAGGAGGACGCGAAGAGGGAGGAGCUGGCGAGGGACAUCAUGGGCAAAGACAAAUCUCUGGCAGACAUCCUGGACCAGAGUGGCAGAAAGACCACCAUGGACCUGAUGGAGGGGCUUUUCCCACCGGAGGAGAAGAUCCUGGAGGGAGCCCAGCAGAGGAGGAGAGCUUCUGCGGGAUCUAGACUCCCCACAUCUGCUCCCAGGAGCUUGGACAGGAGAGAGGAAGACGAGUUGUCUUCAUCGGCCGUGGCCUCCCUCGUCCCCAGCUCCUCCUACUACAACACCUCCGCUCCAAAGGCGGAGCUCCUCAUCAAGAUGAAGGACAUGCAGGAGCAGCUGGAGGAGCAGGACUCCGAGGACGAGCUGGACAUCGACCUGGCCAGCAAGAAGCAAGAGCUGAUCCUGAGCCUGGCCAGGAAGUUGGAGGUCCUCCGGGAGGCGCGGCAGAGCCUGCAGGAGGACGUGGAGGACAACGAGGCGCUGGGCCGGGAGGUGGAGGCCACCGUGCAGCGCCUCUGCCAGCCCAACCAGCUGGACAAGUUCCGCAUGUUCGUGGGCGACCUGGACAAGGUGGUGAGCCUGCUCCUGUCGCUGUCGGGGCGGCUCGCCCGGGUGGAGAACGCCCUCAACAGCCUGGAGGACGAAGCGCCGCCAGAGGAGAAGCGAACGCUGACGGAGAAACACAAGCUCCUCAUGAGGCAGCACGAGGACGCCAAGGAGCUGAAGGAGAACCUGGACCGCAGGGAGAGGCUGGUGACCGGGGUCAUGGAGGCCCACUUGGACGCGGCGAGCCUGGACGACUACAGGCACUUCGUCAAGAUGAAGUCGGCGCUCAUCAUCGAGCAGCGCAAGCUAGAGGACAAGAUCAAGCUGGGCGAGGAGCAGCUCAAGUGCCUGCUGGAGAGUCUGCCGCUGGAGCAGAGGCCGCCGUUCUGACCCAAACUUCUGCUGCUUUACCAAAACGUAUUUUUGCUAUAGUGACUUCAGAUUCCCCGCCCCUUUGAUCGAGCCCCGCCCACCUGGAAGUCAGGUUUUUGACUUCAUAUUUUGGCUGCUCUCUAUCCAGAAUGACAGGAAGUAAGAAAAUAAAAGUCUGAUCAUCUUUUUAGAUCCGAGUUUUUCCCAGAAUCACUAAAUCUGUUUCAGUUUGUCAAAACUGUGCGUUUUUCUUUGUCUACACACACAAUAAAACACUAAAUCCAGGUUAUUCCUCCCAGAUCAAAGUAAAUCCUGCUGACGGUGGUAAAUCAAACACUCGCGUUUUGUGUCGGACUAUGACCUCCUGCUGUGAGCGGACGGUUUAUUUAUGACAAGUUUUCUAGUAAUUUAUUGUAGCUUAUUAUUUUUUUCGAUGGCCUCUUUAAGAAAAAGAAACUCCGCGUUUCGGCUUCUUUGAGGUGUUUGCCGCUGACCGGGUGACCUGUCAGAAUAAAAGCUGGAUCUGAUUCAAACUGGACUUCUUUGCUGAACUGUGUCAGUAUUUGUUGUGACUUUGAAGUCGUACACUGCCGGAUUGUUGGUUUUUGCUUCACUUUCGACAACGUUUUCAGGCGUUUUAAUGAUUUUCUGGGACUGGAGGGAACGAUCGGCCAUGGAAGAGCUUCUGUUCUCUCUCAAAGCAUUAAAAACAUCUUAAAAUGUGUGUUUCUGGUUUCAUGUUCUGUUUUUUUUGUUCAAGUUUGACAGCUGACUUUUUUUGGGUUUUCUUUGAAGGAUUUUUUUUUCUUUUUUUUGAGUUUGACCUUUUGAACGUGAAUAAUGUUUGUUUAGGUUGGGCAGACUUCUAUUGGAAAGAAAAAAGAACAAACGAAACACAAUUGCCGAUCCCGGAAAUUGUUUCCUUUUCCAUGAAGGUCUUUUUAUAUCUUUUUACAAGGUCUGUCAACACCUCAACAGCUCCUCCCCUCAGCAUCAUCUCACAUUCAUUUUAAUAGAACAGGAAGAAGUUCUUUUUAAUUUUAAUUAUAUAAUGAUUUUGUUGUUUCUCGGCAGCAAUUGAAAUUUCAAAUUUGUAAACAAGUCUUCACCAAAAGCUAAAAAAUAAGGUUUUUAAUCUCCACAUAAAGCAGGGGUAACUGUAGACGGAAACUGUAACAUCCCUCCCGUCAUAUCCAGUUAAUCAUUGACAAAGGAAACUGUGUUUAGAUGUUAAAGGAUGAGGAAGUGCUCCAUUGUUGUAGUGAUCACACAAGGUUCCUCAUCACCUGUUUUCAAACGCCGGACGCCUCAAACUCAGGGGAAGCUGCAGGUGUUUGUUCACCAGGUAACUCAGGUGAGAAAGAACAUCAGAAACGGGACGAUGGAUGAGCAAAAAUGCUACCUGAGAUGGUUUUGAGUUCCUAAUGUCGCCAGGUUAAAGACGAUCUGGGUGGACCGGCGCCUCCUCUGACCAUGACCUACCUGGCCCACACGGCCCACGUCCAGUUCGGCGCCCUCUGGAUGGCCUUCAUUGGCUGGACGUUCACCGCCGUGGCUCUUGGACUCAUCCAGUGGAGAGUGUGGCUCGUCUCUGGAAGUGAUGUGAUCACGUCGGGGGUGGUCUGGGUGGGACUCUGGAGGACUUGUUUCAACAGCCACACUGAAGUGAGCGAAGGCUUAGCAAUCAUGCACUGCAAGUUCAUAAGCUUGACUGAGACCUUCACGCCUCCAGAAGUAGCAGCGGGUCAGGUCCUCAUGCUCCUGUCUCUGAUCGUGGGACUCUGUGGGAACGCCGGAGGAGUUUAUGCCAUGAGGAACGCUUACUUCGGGGUGAAGGAAUACUCUUGUGUCCGUUUGGGUUUUGUCGUCACUGGCGCCUUCUGUCUGCUGGCCGCCGUGAUGUCACUCAUUCCUCUGUUGUGGAAUCUGAGUUCUGUAGUGGCCAAUCAGACCAUCCACUUCCCACCAGAGUUCAGACUGCCUCAGGCGCCGGAGUCGCAGCACGUGGGCUGCGGGAUUUGGGUUGGGAUGGUGGGCACAGUCCUGAUGGGUGUGUCUGGGAUCAUCUUCAGCGCUUACAGGGUCAAGGCGAGGUUUCAGGAUAAGAUUCAACCUUCUCUGAGGGAGCAGCUGCAGCAGGACUCUUCUGCACCUUCAGCGCUGGACUACAGCGGGGUCGGCGUCAGGGGGCAGGACAACCGAGCAUUUGAGUUUGAUGACCACCUUUGAAAAAGCUUUGAACUCCUCUGUCGUUUUCUGCUUGGACCUCUCUAAUGUGUACUCUGCACUAAAAUCUAUGCAUACUCUAGUCCUAAACUGUCUUCAAAGCGUGUGCCAAUGUACUUUAGGGUGCAUGAUGUUUGGUUGCGGUGGCACAGCAGCUUCAGAUGGAUCAUUAAGAUUGGGGGCGGGCAAUAAGAGCUGCUGUUGAUUGGUUCAACAGACUCAAUCCAGAUAAUCAGCUGGAGCCAAGGCUUUCUGGAAGACAAACUGGACAGAGCUCUCCUGCAUCUCCAACCCUUGGUCAAAUGUGAAAUGAAGUGAACUGAAUGUAAGCACGUGUCUUCUUCCCCGUCUGGCCUAAUAAGAUGACUGAAGAGCAGCUCAUUCGUCCUUUAGCCCUUUAAUGGUCUUUAAACUUCUGUAACUCUUCCAUCGUUCACGCAAUUAACCAGUGGAUUGUGAGGCUGAGAAAAGCAGGUUUGUGCUGAUAGUCUACAGUAGUGAAGCGCUAACGCAAUCAACGUUAAAACAAAAACGUGGAGAGAAGCAGCUUUGUGUCGAUAUGAAACAACAAGUCAAAUGUUACCGGCACAAAGCUGCUUUUCUUUGCCUCAAAAUCUGGUGAGAUUGCGUAAAUGGUUGAAGAGUUACGAUAGUUUAAAGAGCGUGUUAUUUUACUGUAGUCGGCGACAGUACCGGGGUUAAACCUUGAACGCCCCAGCUUAUUGUUCACAUUCUUUCGACUACCUUAACGCUUCAUCCAUUUGUGUAAUUGACAUAAUUCCAGUGGAUUCUGAAGCGGAGAAAAGCAGUUGUGCGCUGGUAUACAACACUUAAAAGUGUUAAGCAAUCAACGUAAAUUGGCUGAUUCUGUCACAGAGACUUUGCACUAAUAUACAAUACUUAAUGUUAGAGUUGUGUUUCUUAUUGGUGCAAAGCCGAUAAGAAAAGAUGCUUUUCUCCACAUCAGAAUUAGCUCAACGGUAAACGAGUUACAGUAGGUUGAAAGAGUGUGUGUUAUUUAGCUGACGCCAGCAACAUCUCUGAUGUUAGAGCGUUAAUCCUCGUUUCCACUAAGCGGUCCGGUACAGUCCGGUUCUGUAUUUUGAGCGUUUCCAUUGUAAAAUGAACACAUUGAACGAUACCGACCUGUAUGUCUUGCGGGCUGCGGUAGGUCCAUAAAUAAAAAAAAUGGAAGGAGA